GUAAGGGCUCUAGCCCGGCCGCCACGGCGUUAAAUACAACAACAACAACAACAACAACAACAACAGCGCUGCCUCUCUUGCCGGUGCUUUCGGCGGUAUCCUCGCAUGGGGAAUCGGACACAUGAGAGUUGUAUGGGACAAUGGCUGGAGAUGGAUUUUCAUCUUGGAAGGUAUCGCGACCGUGGUCAUUGCCGUCGGCGCAUACUGGUUAAUUCAGAACUACCCCGACACGGCCAAGUUCGUUUCCGAAAAGGAGCGCCGUUUCAUCAGGGCCAGAUUGGCCUCCGACAGCGAUGCCACGCACAAUGAAAAGUUCUCGUGGAGCAAUGUGAUGGAUGCUAUCAAGGACCCAAAGUGCUGGCUGUACGGUCUUGGCUUCCACACCAUGAGCUUGCCAUUGUAUACAUUCUCCCUGUUUAUUCCUACGAUCAUCAAAAACCUCGGAUACACCGCGGCCGUCGCCCAACUACUUACUAUUCCCCCUUACGCCGUUGCCUUUGUCACAACAUUGACGGUUGCGAUCUACUCCGAACGUACCGGCCGCCGUGCCUUUUUCAUCAUGGGGUCGUCCGCGGUCGCGGCGAUUGGUUACAUUAUUCUUUUGGCCAACUCUGACCCCGUGGGGAAGCCUGGCGUCUCGUACCUUGGAACCUUCUUCGCAGCUGCGGGAAUCUACCCUGCCACCGCUCUCGUCCUCUCGUGGCCGGCCAUCAAUGUCUCUGGGCAGACCAAGCGUGCUGUAGGCAACGCAAUGCAAAUCACCAUUGGAAACUUGGGGGCUGUGUUGGGGACACAGUUGUAUCGCGCCAACGAUGGUCCGAGGUACAUUGUCGGCCACUCUUUCGCUUUGGGUUAUCUUUUGGCGAACAUCAUCGUCUGUGGUAUCUUGUACUUUGUGUUGAAGGGCGAGAAUAAGAGACGCGAGGCAAUUGCACCGGAAGUUCAAGCAAUUGGGGACUUGGAGGAUUGGCCCGGUGACAAGGACCCUAGAUGGAGAUUCCAAUACUAGUGCAAGUCGGCACUGGCUGGUUCCGAGCGAGAAGGGCAGUUCCAUACACAGGUAGUGCCGAGCCUGAGUGCUUGUGUAUGAAACCUAAUUUGAUCACGGACUUCUGAAGUUGAAGAUCGAAUUGCGAGUAGACUUUGAUACCUAUAGAAGAACCCAUGUCCAGAGCAUCUCUCAUAUUGGUUGAACGGUUGCUGUAUACAGCAAACUGUGACCUCCCUCAUGAAGUCAUGC